AUGGGGCUAAGGAUGGUGAUGGGGGUGGUCGGCGACGUGUUUGCUGGGGCUCGAUUCUUGGUACCGAUGAUCACGUUUUGGGACAUUUUCAAAAAGAAGGAGGUGGGCCAGCGCUCCGUGAUACCGUACGGUUUGACAUGGUGUAACUGCGUAGCGUGGAUACUAUACAGCUUGCCCAUGAGCAGUUGGCUCGUCGCCGGCGUCAACCUGGGCGGGUUGCUUAUUGUCCCUGUCUACUUCUUCAUCUACUUCUACUACUCCGCAGGCCAGGCGCGGUCCACCAGCUGGUGGGUCCUGGCAUAUCAGGUUUUUUGGGAUCUACUUCUGGUCAUCGUUCACUUCACCUUGUUCAACGGACAAGACCACGAGCGUGAGGUUACUUUUGGAUUCCUCGGCGCGCUGACUGCUUCAGCUAUGUACCUGUCGGCCUUCAUCGAUAUGUACACGGUGUUCUGGACCGAGGACGUGAAGAACAUGAGCCUUCUUUUUGUUUUGGUCUCCCUUUGCAACUCUGUUGCAUGGACCGUGUACGCUUCCGUCAACAACGACUCUGUCAACACCGAUGUGUACAUCCUGGUUCCAAACAGCAUUGGGAUCGUGGUCACUGUAAUUCAGGUUGUGGUCUGGGUGUUCAUCAACUACAAGGCCAAGCGGGCGGCAGAGGCGCCCCAUGCGGAGGCACCACCGGCUGAGGACAUCGAGCUUCCCGUUGUCUGA